AUGUCUGGUGUACUCUGGUCUCUGGUUGGCAAAAGGGUUCUCGCCGAGUCUGCGAGGAACCACUUUGGAACUGAGGUCAAACGCAGAGCGUACCGACUCGACUAUGCUCUGUUCAACCUGUGUGGAGUUCGCUUUGGCUGGGGUAGCGUGAUUGGUCUCGUUCCCUUCAUCGGAGAUGCCGGAGACGCCGCGCUUGCCUUGAUGGUGGUGAGAAACUGCGAGGAGAUCGAUGGUGGACUCCCAUCCCGUCUGCGCAUGAUGAUGUUGAUUAACGUGAUCGUCGACUUUUUCAUCGGCUUGGUUCCCUUCGUUGGCGACAUUGCAGAUGCUGUGUACAAGUGCAAUACCAGGAAUGCUGUCAUCCUAGAAAAACAUCUGCGCGAGAAGGGUGCCAAGACACUCAAGAAGCAGGCUCGACGACAGGACCUUCCAGGAAUUGAAAACAGACAAGAGGAACGAAUAGUUGACCACAGUCUUCCGGAGGAGUGGGACAAGCAGGAGCGUGGCGUAAUCGAGAAUUCGCCGCCUGAUUAUCGCGAGCAUGCGAUGUCAGGAACCCGACGCGCAGACAAUGCCACCAGCGAGCCAACCAGGCCUCCGCGUGCAAAGAAGUCCCGUGAUAAUCGUGGUUCCAGCCGGUGGUUUGGCGGGUCGCGCCAGCGGGAGGAGGACCUGGAGAGAGGCAGAUGA